AUGCUCCCUCCAGGUCUGGAAACGCCACGACAAGUCCAAGCCUACUACGAUCAACGCUACAAUGCCUACAUUGACUCGGGCGAAUAUUUCCCCUUCAUCUAUCCCUGGGCCACACUCGGACCGUUGCUCUGUUUCGUCUAUCUCCUCUUCGAUCAUCGACAGAGUCCGACCCUCCAAGCGCUACGUUUUCCCAUAUUUGGCGUCUUGGUCGCCUUCUCCGCAUGGACCAUUUUCAACGUGAAAGCACGAAGUGCACCAGCUGCCUAUGGAGUGGGACUCGUAUCCGCCUGGGGAACGCUCUGGAUCGCCUCAUUAAUGUUCUUCAACGAUUGUCAAAGAGAUUUUCAGCGCUUGGAACGAGCAGAUGAAGCUGCAUUGCACAAGGCUCUUCAAUAUCAAAAUGGUACAACCGUUACCGGACCGGAAUCCGAUGGAAAGCUGCAGACGACAUUAUCAUCAGCCUAUGCAACCCAACUCCCUUGUCAACGAACCGGCCCCGUCUUCUGGCAAUCCUACCCAACCCAACCCUUCCUCUCCCGUCUCGACUGGAUCAUGGACCUCUUUUGCAAUUUCCGGGGUAUAGGUUGGAAUUUCCAAACGUCAGGAAUUCCCAAACCACCCAAAUACAUUGAACUGCAACUUCUCGGCUACGACGUCGUCGAGGAGGACGAACAAGACAUGACUUCCCCCUCAUCGACUUCGACAACCCGCAACAACAACAACCCAAAGCUGAUCAAAACCGUCAGUUACACAGGCAUCACUCGCUUCAUCACCACCUCUCGCCACCACCUUCUCCAAUACAUCAUUCCCCGCCUAAUCCUCCAAUCCCUCGCUCUCGACAUCAUCAAAACUCUAAUGCACCACGACCCCUAUUUCUGGGGCUACACCGACUCCGGCCCCCCUUUAUGGCUCCACCAUCUCCUUCCCCAAAACAACAACACAAUCCUAACCCCCAUCAUCCUCCAAACCUACCGCCUACUCCUCAGCCUCCUCGGAAUUCUUUUAGCACUCAACACCAUCUUCCGCCUCAGCCCCCUACUUUUCUGUCAAAUUCUCCGCCCGCAAAUCCUCGGUUUGCGCGGCGAACCCCUUCUCAACCCUGUAGAUUUCUUCGGAAAUUUUUUCCCGCAAAUUUGUCGUCAUGGUCUGGCGGGUUGGUGGGGAGGUUUUUGGCAUCAGACGUUUCGGUUUGCGUUUACGUGUCCGACGGAGAGGAUACUGGAAUUUUGGUGCGGGGGUCAGCAACAACACAUGGAGAAAAAGAAAAAGACUGCGAGGGGGAAAAUGGUGGGUGUGAUGGUAGCGUUUGGAUUAUCAGGGUUUUUACAUGCUUGUGGGAGUUGGACGCAAUUGGGAGAUACGAGACCGGUGCGAGGGCCGUGGAGUUUCUUCAUGUUGCAGGCUGUGGGGAUCAUAGUGCAGACGGGAAUUGCGGGAUACAUGAAGGCGAGAGGGUGGAGAGAGAAGAUUCCGUCGUGGAUAAGAGGAAUGGGGAAUUUUGCUGUGACCAUGAUUUGGCUCUACUGGACUGCUCCACUGCUGGUGGAUGAUUUUGCCCGAGGGGGCGUAUGGUUGUAUGAGCCUUUGAUCAUCAGUCCCUUGCGAAUAUUGGGCUUUGGCGCAUACGACGACAGCGGCUGGAAUCUGUGGUCGGGAUUGGUCUUUUGGCGUUCGGGAAGAGGGUGGCGGGACACAGGUCUUGCAUUUUGA